AUGCGGGAGGUGCUGGAGGAGAAUUUUGGCGGCGAGGCACGACCCCAGCAAACACGCUUCGAAGAAGAAAUUCGAACAAGAGAGCUUCUCCGCAAGAAGCAACAGGAAAAGCAUCUGUACAUCGAUGUACAGGCCGUGACGCCAAAGACGUUCCGCGAGUACGGGAGCACCGACAUUGCACAAUUUGAUGCGGACCCGAGGACAGACGAAUCAGCUCCCCGGCUCCACCGUGUCAAGUUGGCAGUAAAGAUGGAUGAGCUCAUAGUUCAACUAGCCGAAGACGUCAACGAGAGCCCGAAGAAGCUCCGCCUUUGGGUCAUGGUCAACCGCCAGAACAAGACUGUGCGGCCGGAUGCUCCGGUGCUAGACCUCGACCAAACUGUGGAAGAACUGUACCACAGAGUGAACCACCACAAAGAUCGUGCUCUGCGUCUAUGGGUUGAGGUUGCGGAGGAGGUAGACGCCGAAGGUAACGGCGUGUUCCCCGCUUAUGCACUAAAUGGCCCCGCUGGUAGCAGGAGCGAAUCCAUCCUACUCUUCCUCAAGUGCUUCGAUUUGCAAACACAAACUCUUCGCGGUGUUGGCCAGAUCUACAUUGGAAGGGACAAGAAGGUCGAUGAUCUUACUCCCUACAUCUUGAAGUUCAUGGGCUGGGGAGACAAGGUACCUUCGGACGAGCGCAUCUUUUUGUGGGAGGAAAUUAAACCGACCAUGAUUGAGCCUUUAAAGCCAAAGCAAUCACUCAAAGCAGCGGAGCUUCAGGAUGGCGAUAUCAUCUGCUUCCAGCGUCUCUUGGAUCCUAAGAGCGAUAAGGGCGUUCAGGAGCAGCGCAAACUCCAAGACGACCGCGUUACUGACCUCCGUAAAAGGACGACUGACUUCUUCAAUACUGCGUCGGAAUACUAUGAUUUCCUUUGCAACAAGAAGACUGUCAAGUUUUGUCCUCACCCGAGCCGAUGCGACGAGAAUGAGUAUCCCGCGUUCGAGCUGACAAUGAGCUGCAAGGCCACCUACGACCUCGUGGCCGAACGAGUCGGUCUCAUUCUCGGAGUGCAGCCUACGCACAUCCGUUUCUGGACGGUCAAUAGCACAACGAGCAACCCGAAGGCGACGGUGAAGCGUAACCCAAGCAACAAUCUUUUGGCGAUGCUCAACACGGCCACGUACUCGCAGCUGCAGCAGAAUAACCGAAUGGACGCUCUGUUCUUUGAGGUUCUAGAGAUAAGCCUCGAUGAGCUCGAGCACAAGAAGAGUGUAAAGGUGACCCUUUUGAGCGAGGGCACCUCGAAAGAGGAGCAGUUUGACUUAUUGGUCAACAAGAACGGAACGGUUGAUGACUUGGUGGAAGCGCUUGUCAAGAAGGCCAAAAUCCCGGGCGAAGCAGAGGGCGGGCGCAUCCGCAUCUUUGAAACCUCGCAGCAUCGAUUCUUUAGAGAACUCAAGAGGGACUAUCCCGUCAUUAGUAUGAACGACUAUGCGCAAGUAUAUGCCGAGAGGGUUCCGGACGAGGAGCUCCAAGCUUCGGAAAACAGCCUCAUCAGCGUUUUCCACUUCCACCCGGACCCCAGCCGAGCCCACAGUGUGCCGUUUAAGUUCCUGCUAAUCGAGGGCGAAACGUUUUCGGAGACGAAAAAGAGGCUAGAGAGGCGAACCGGCAUCAAAGGGAAACCAUUUGAGAAGAUUAGGUUCGCCGUCAUUCGCCGCUCCCACUACAAGCCGCACUAUCUGACGGACGAGGUUGCUAACAAGAUGGGCGAAUAG